AUGAACACAACGAGUUAUGUUCAUGAUUUUGAAAGACACUUUGGAGCUGGCGGCACAUCAACACCGGUGCACAAUUCGCAGUCGCCAUUGCACAAGGCUCUAAUUGAAUAUGCAACAACUUCAGCCCGUUUGCUAUUUAUACAGGAUCCCGCCGUAUACGCGGACUUUCAUCACACUAACGAAGCAUUCAACGAAUAUUCAUCAAUGGAACUGUGCGAAAUCAUGUUAAACUCAGUUUUGCCCAAGGUGCACACAUACCCGUUGACGGCAACAAUUAAAAAGCGCCUGAAACUAUUAGAGCUUCAUCCGUGCUUUCAACGAACUCCCCAAGGUUAUCAAUAUACACCACAACGCCUGGGAGCGCAUUUUGUGCUGCAGCCAAAAUGUGAUUUUAGUCUGCCGGAGCAACUGCCAAAAUUACUGUCGUCACAGGGCAAUCGCCCAGGUCGGGCGUCAUUUCCGAAACAAGCGCUCGCCCGCUCCCGAGAUGCUUCCCACACAAUGCUGCUUGGAUGCGAGGCAGUGCCGCACGUUGGGUUAAAGUUCCAGCUAAGCUUUGAUAUUGCUGCACUGCUCUCGCCCAUGCUUUCCAGCCAUUCGGAGCACUCUGUUAGCGAACUGCACAAUGUGACCAAAAUAAAAAAACGUCUGCAACGCGCCAAGCAGAGUUUCCAGGCGACGGGCAACAUGUCGCCCUACCGCAACAAUCUGGAGCAGCUCAUCAACAACAUGGUCAUGUUCGACAUGCUUAAGAAGCGACUGUACAGAAGUUUGUUUAACUUGUGA